AUUUAUAUCCAUCGUUCCCCGAAACAUUUAAGAAUCUUGUCAUCGAUCCCCAUAUCAACGUUGUAAGUAGGUGUUGUUGUUUCGAUUAGGUCAUCAGAAAAUGGCUGAUGAAGUGAAGUUGUAUGGCGUUAAGGAAAGUCCAUUUGUUUGUAUUGUAAAAAUCUCUUUGAAUAUGAAGGGAAUCAAGUACGAAAAUAUUGAAGAAGAUCUCAGCAACAAGAGUGCCGACCUAUUGAAGUACAAUCCUAUUCUUAAGAAAGUACCGGUGCUGCUUCACAACAGAAAUCCGAUCGCAGAGUCUCUUGUGAUCGUUGAAUACAUCGAUGAUGUCUGGAAAGGGGAUCCGAUUUUACCUCAGGAUUUUAGUGAGAGAGCUGACGCUCGAUUCUGGGCAAAAUUUCUUGAUGAUAAGUGCAUCCCUGCACUCAGGGUUGUCGGCAGAAAUGCAGAUGAGAAAGUUGUUGCAGAAGCUUGUGAGCAACUGCAAGUACUAGAAAAUGAACUCAAACUCAAAGGUACAAAGUUCUUUGGAGGCCACAACAUCAACCUGAUCGACAUUGUUGCUGUUUUCAUAGCUUACUGGCUUAGAAUAAGGGAAUAAGCAGCUGGAAUUAAGUUCUUCACUGAAGACAAGUUUCCAAAACUAACCAAAUGGGCUGAUGAUUUCGUUAACUGUCAAGUUGCCAAGAAUACCUUUCCUCCACGUGAACACAUGCUUGCAUUUUUUACAAUAAAAUGUUUGGUAAGUUAAUUAAUAGUAAUAGUAUGUGACUGUUAUAGUGUUAUAUAAACUUGGUCGUUUUGUUCGGGUAUGCAUAUAUGUACGUGGUU